UAAGCUUCGACAAGCAAGCGAAGCUCCGGCGCCAUACUAACAGGUAAGCCACCACUUUGGCGGUCUGAAGGGCACUAUACGGAUACCUACCUAGGUACCGGAUUUGUCUAGACUUAAUGCUCCGUUGCUGCACGCCCUGACAUACUUCUUCGUUCCUUCGUUCUGUGCUUUUGCCCUCCAUUAAACUACCCAGUUCUUCCCUCUCUUUCUGUACCUCAACCUUCUUCAAAUCUUGCCCUAAACACUCAGGUCUACUGAUUCUUCAUCGACACAUACGACACAAUGGUUCCUCAAACACUUCUUGCGGCCCUCUCGCUGCCUCUGCUGGCCACUGCUCACUUCCACAUGCUGUACCCAACCCCGCGCAGCAAUGUCGAGGAUACAGAGCCUACCUUCCCAUGCGGUGGUCAUCCAGUCUCUGAGAACCGGACGCUGGUCUCGGAGUCGGUUAUCCCAGUAGCUCUGCAGAUGGGCCACGAUCGAACUGUCAUUCAGAUGCUACUUGCAUUGGGCAACAACCCUGGCGACAACUUCAACAUCACUCUCGAACAGACCUUCCAGCAACAGGGCGAGGGUGAUUUCUGUUUGCCUACGGUCAAGAUCCCUGCCGACUCGAACAUCACCGACGGCACCAAUGGUACUCUGCAGGUGAUCACUGAUAACGAGGGCGGUGGCGGUCUCUACAUCUGCGCCGACCUCACGUUCACAUCGGCUCCCACGGUCCAAUCCCUUCCAAGCGCUUGUACCAACGGCACGGGCGUCACGGCCUCCCCACUCUCUUCUAUCGUCAAUGCCAAUGUGACAAAUGGAGACGGUUCGCCUCAGGGCGGCUCGGGUUCUGGAUCGUCUUCAGCCUCGGGCAGCGCAACUCCAAGUGCUACGGCGAGCGCUUCAUCCAGCGCCAAGACUGGCAAUAGCGCUGCCGUAUUGACCGCUGGUUGGGGCGUCUUGGGUGCUGCGGCCUUGGGAGCGGUCGCUCUGAUGUAAUGAUGUAAGAUGACGAGGAACAGAAGACAAAACACUCAAGUUUGCGAGCAGUACUGGAGUUGCAGACACAGUUCACGACCAGACCAUCUCCAACAAAUAACUUUCUUCGUUUGGGAUCUGCUUACACUGCCGACACUACCAUGCAGAGUCUUUCAAGAAUGAAAAUGACUGACGAAGCGUCAAAUUUCCAAUAAGAAUUGAUCUCCAAAACAUCUUCUGUUGGACUAAUGUUGUACUUAAGGCCAUGUCUCAACCAAAUUCCACUCGCCUAUAGUUUCACUUGGUUGUCUACCACCUGGCCCACCGACUUCCUCUGACAAUGUCCAGAUCUGUCUUUUGGCGUUGGCUGGGUCGGUCAGGUCCACUGCCUCAACCUGUUCCGGUGUGAUUAUGCAAACUCGGAAAUUCUGCCUCGCCAGUGGUUCAUCGGAAAGAUGUCCUGCCUUUUGGCCCAGCCCUUCUCCUGCUUUUUCAUCCUUGCCUAAAUCUAUUGCUUGGCCGGGUUCGGGGUUCUUAAAGGAGCCUCUCAUCAUAGGCGAGAGAUUCUCAAAGUGGUUCUCGGUCUCACGCUUCCAUGACCAAUCC